AUGCAGAAGGGCACUUCCUACUCUCUUGGAUUGGAAACGCAUCCGGUGCCGAUGGCCAUGUUCCGCGAGAACAGGGAGCGGCUGAUCGCUCGCUUCGAGAAGAGCGCUGAGGGCACGCCCGAGGGCAGCGUGGUCCUGCUGCGCGGCGGCAAGGCCAAGAUGCGCCACGAGACCGACCACGAGCACCUCUUCCGCCAGGAAAGCUUCUUCCACUGGACCUUUGGCGUGGCCGACCCCGACUGCUUCGGUGCGAUCGACCUCAAGCGCCGUCGCGCCAUCCUCUUCAUCCCCCGCCUGCCCGCCGAAUAUGCCGUGUGGAUGGGCAAGAUCGCAUCGUGCGAGGACUACACCGCCCGGUACGAGGUGGAGGAGACGUACUACGUGGAUGAGAUCGACGCCGUGCUAUCGAAGCUCAAUACCAAGAUCAUCUACACCCUCCACGGCCUCAACUCGGACUCGGGCAACUAUGCCAAGCCGGCCACGUUCCCCGGCAUCGAGAAGUACCGCGUGGACAACGGCCGCCUGUGGCCCGAGAUGGUGGAGUGCCGCGUGAUCAAGACGCCGAUGGAGCUCGACGUCCUGCGCUACGUGUGCCGCGUCAGCUCCGAGGCCCACGUCGCGGUGAUGAAGCAGUGCAAGCCCGGCAUGAUGGAGUACCAGCUCGAGGCCCUGUUCCAGCACGAGGUCUACUCCCGCGGCGGCUGCCGUCACGUCGCCUACACCUGCAUCUGCGGUUCGGGCCACCACGGCUCUAUCCUCCACUACGGCCACGCCGGUGCCCCGAACGACAAGCAGCUGGCCGACGGCGACCUGAUGCUGCUCGACAUGGGCGGCGAGUACCAGUGCUACGGAGCCGAUAUCACCUGCUCCUACCCGGCCAACGGCCGCUUCACCGAGAAGCAGAAGGUGGUCUACAACACGGUCCUCGCCGCGCAGCAGGCCGUCUUCGCGGCCAUGAAGCCCGGCGUGGCGUGGAUGGACAUGCACGCCCUGGCCUAUCGCACCACCCUCCAGGAGCUCGCCCGACACGGCCUCGUCAAGGGCGACGUCGACGCCAUGAUGGAUGCCGACCUCGGCGCCGUCUUCAUGCCGCACGGCCUGGGCCACUUCCUCGGCAUUGACACGCACGACGUGGGCGGCUACAGCACGGGCGCCGAGCGCAGCACGCGCCCCGGCUUCAGGAGCCUGCGUGCCAACCGGUCGCUCGAGGCGGGCAUGGUGCUCACCGUCGAGCCCGGCGUGUACUUCAUCGACCCGCUGCUCGACAAGGCCAUCGCCGACGACAAGCAGAAGCAAUUCAUCAACGUCGACAAGGUCAACGAGUUCAGGGGAAUUGGCGGCGUGCGGCUGGAGGACGAUGUGAUUGUGACGGCCGACGGCAUCGAGAACAUGACCAAGUGCCCUCGCACCGUCGAGGAGAUCGAGGCCAUCAUGGCCGAGGGCAGGAAGUCGCACUGA